CAUCAGCCGCAGCAGCAGCAUUCGCAUACGUUUCACGGCAAUCAGCAGCAGCCAAAGACGCUUCCGCAUCCUUUCCAGGCCAAGCUCGUGGCUCUGGAGGCGAAACUGAAGCAAGGCUCAAUACCAAACAUCACGACAACAACAACUGCAGCAGCCUCCGCGCCGGCAACAACAACAACAACAACAACAACCAUGUCGACAGCAGCAACAGCAGCAGCAACAACAACAGCCGCAACAAACAACAAAAAUGUGGGCAAGACAAGCCAACAAUUCGGCAGCCGCCAGGUGAGCAUCCGGGAGCCGCAGCCCAGCCGGGAACGUGAACGUGAACGUGAAAGGGAGCGGGAACGGGAACGUGCCAAUUGCGGCAUUGGCAUGCUGGGACGCUAUUGUGUGCCGCACGCUGGGCAACAGGUGGCGCCACAGCCGCAGGUGUUGCCGCUGCUGACGCAGGUGCAGCGCGUAAACAACGAUCUGACGGACAAAUUGUCGCGCAUGGCACGCCGCAACACGAUCAAAUUCCGCGAACUGGCCGCGUUGCAGGUGCACGACAAGAACGCAGAGGCGCUGCAGGAGCUGCAGACAUCCAUACCGGAGAUAACGAAAAUCUUCGAUGUCCACUGUCGCAUCGGUAGCGGCACCUUCAGCACCGUCCUGCUCGGCACACUGCAGCGGGAGCGCCAGCUGCCGGAGGCGCAACGUCGUCGGUUCGCCAUCAAGCAUCACAAUCCGACGAAUCAUCCGGAGCGCAUCCUGCGCGAGCUGGAGUGCAUGUUCCGCAUGGGCGGCGAUCACAAUGUGAUCGGAAUCAAUUGCUGUAUACGCUACAACGAUAAUGUGGCCUUUGUGAUGCCCUUCAUGAGCCACGAUCGCUUCCACGAUGUCUAUCGGAAUCUCAGUCUGUUCGAGGUGAAGGACUAUUUGCGCAAUCUGCUGGUCGCCCUGCGGCAUGUGCACAAGUUCAAUGUGAUCCAUCGCGACGUCAAGCCGAGCAAUAUAUUGUAUAAUCGUCGCACCGGCAAGUUUCUGCUCUGCGACUUUGGACUCGCGCAGCGACUCGCCGAAGAUGGCAGCCUCAUUCAGGCCUCGGAUUUGAGCGGUGCUGCCGCAUUGCUGCGCGACAUGGAUGCGGCACAGCAGCAACUGUUGCGCCACGAGGGCAACAGUGUCCAGGCGGAGGACGAGGCCGCCGCCCAUCGUUUGCAGGCGGAUACCGAGCGUCGAAUGCGCGCUGCCGGCGGCGGCACCACGGCAUUCGGUGAGUCCACCAAUCAGCUGCAGCAUCCGCAGCAGCAGCAGCAGCUGCAGGAGCCGAGCAAAAAGGAUCUGGCCGCACAGAAGGCGGACACACAGCGUCUGAUCAAUCGCCUGCGCUACACGAACGCCAAUGUCGAUCCCAACAAUUAUGUGGUAUCGACGAACAAUAUCCGGAAGGAGAUGCACGCAUCGAGGGCCGGCACGCCGGGCUAUCGGCCUCCGGAGGUGCUGCUGCGAUAUCCGCACCAGACGACGGCGGUGGAUGUGUGGGCGGCUGGUGUGAUAAUGCUGUCCAUGUUGUCGUCGCUGCAUCCGUUCUUUAAGGCGCCCAACGAUUGUGCGGCGCUGUCGGAGAUCAUGAAUCUGUUUGGGGACGUGCAGGUGCGCAAAACGGCCUUUAUGCUGGAUCGACUGGUGUUGAUAACGCAAAAGGUGGCCGCUUUGGAUUUGCGUCGCGUCUGCAUGCGUUUCCGCUAUGCGAAUCACUUCCUCUCGCCGGAAAUACAGAGACGCCAUCGACGGGCCGAUGGCAACAUGGAGCUGUGCCGCCACUGCGAACAGGCCACCUUCAAUUGCAUCUGCAAGCACAGCAGCCAUCAGCUGGAGACAUACGAGGGACUGGAUAUGUUCCCCCAUCAUGCAUACGAUCUGCUUGGACGCCUGCUCGAGGUGAAUCCACAGAAACGCAUCUCCGCUGAGGAGGCGCUCAAGCAUCCGUUUUUUAUUGAACACCAUCGCAUCGUCUCCGGCGUGCCGCUGACCCAUCAGAUGCCGGCUGCUGCCGCGGCGCUGCGAUCCCGCGAGUCGCUCCAGGGCACCGGUUCGCGCACCCUCACCCCGUACAUCAGCUAUCCGCCGGGCGUCAAGCAGCUCAGCAACAUGGAGGCGGGCCACCGUCCGGCAGCCACAUCGACAACCAAUGUUUGACAUCGUCACGUCGUAAACAGUUUAAUUCGCGUUUUUGUACGGCCGACGCCCGCUAACGGGGCGCCAGCAAAUUUUCUAUUGAAAAUUAUUUCAAACAAAUUGAAAUGAAAUAUAUAUAUAUACAUAUAUAUAUAUAUAAAUAUAUAUCUAUAUAUGCAUGGAUUACGAAUUCUGAGUCGAGUCGUGUCGCGAAAUUUGAAAUGUUCAAAAAGCUUCCAAAUUUCCACCAGCAUUAAAUAAGAGUUUUGAUGUUUUGUUCUUUUUACCGGUUUUCGAA